AUGCAGGUCGAGAAGGAUGAGAUCGAGCAGGAAACCCUGCUGCCGGUCCGACACUGGCCUAAAGAGCGCAGGAGGACAUUGAUCUGGACAUACGUGCUCGCGUGUUCGACUGGUACCCUACUCGUGGCCGUCACCACCUUGUUGCUUCACUUGCAAGACAUCAGGAGGAGUCAAUCAGGCCGACCUCGAUCUUGCGAUGAUCCCUACGUGCGACCGGGCUACAUCUGGCGCGGACGAGGUGGACCAAACGAUGUUCGCUGGAUACCCUAUUCGAACGAUACCAUCGCUGCAGACCAUUCUAACCUGACUGCUACAAGAUACACAUUGCCUCCUGAUGACGAUGCAACGUUUGCCAAAGCGAGCGCGAUGUCGCCGCCGCGAUACUCGCUCGACCUGAAUUCUUCCGAUCGAGCUCAAUCUCUCAGCUGGGCAUCAGGACGACAUAUCGCCUUUGUUGGCGAUUCGCAUGAUCGGAUGGCCAUCAGACACUUUUGCACGAUCGGCGGCUCAACGUCACAAUGUACGCAUUACCACGUCGCGUGCACCUGUCGGAUACCCGAGCUCGAUCUGACUCUCUCACUCUGGUUCAACGUCGGCAUGUACGAUGACGACUUUGCGUAUCCACCCGAAGCAGAAAAGGAUCCCGCUGUCGGUCCUCCACGAUGGGAAGACCGAUUCAGGACCCUCUUUGAACCCAUGCUCCUCGAGACCGGCCCGCCAGAUCUCAUCAUGUUCAACAGCGAGGCAUGGGACGCAGAUAUCUAUGCAGAAGCAAGGGGAAAAGCGAUCGGAGCGCCAGAGCUCGCAACGAGCGCGCGACCCUUGCUCUGGCAAGAACUGGCUUGGCAUCGAUCGCGCGUGAGACAAGUCAUCAACGAGCUCCGCCACCGGUUUGCUGGUGUGCCGAUCAUGUAUCGCGUCGAUCACUAUCACGCAGACCAGGAUAACGGCAAGAACCUGCACGUCUACCAAGUCAAUCAAUCGAUGCGUUCACUCAUGCUGCAAAUGGGCAUCCCUAUCUUCGAAUGGGGGGCGCUCAUCACUGGCGAAUUCCAAGAACCGAUGACAGAUCUGGGCCAUCAUUACAACCUUGCAAAGGUGUCUUAUCUGUUUGCGGAUAUGCUGCUCUUUUACCUGCGACGCGCGACGAACAACACGACCUGGACAGAGUCCGACGACGAGGCUCAAUGCAUACAGACUCGCCGCUAUCGCUCUGACCCUGAUCCGAAUGACGCGUUCGGACCGGUGCAAGCCACGAGGCAAAUCUGGGGCAAGCUCAGUAUAGCGCAUGCAUCGACUGCACGCGUCAAACGCGUCUUCGCUCCACUCUCACUGCGCCACGAGGCCAAGGAAGCAUGCCAAGCACGGCCUUUGCCGCUUUUCAUCAUCGUGAUGAGCGGCACGGUCAACCUGCAACUCUCUCCCGUGAUUGAGUGCCUGGCAAGUCAAACGACCCAAAGCGUCGGUAUCGGGUCUUGUGCUCGACUGACUUGGCAUUUCAAACUCACUCAGAGCCAAGAUCUGGCGAGCAUAAGGAGCAUCUGCACCGACGCAACAAUAUCGACGAUCUGCACGCCCAUCGACUCGGCUGAGCGCUGA